AGCGGCCACUGCAACAUGGCGGCACCCAUGUCAUUUACACGUGCGGUGUGAAGAGACGGCAUUAUUUUGCCCCACAAGCGCAAACAUGAAGAACAAGCCGAUUAAGCACAAGGCGGAAAACACGUUCCGGUUCCAGUCAUUCUCGGAGCGGCUGUCGAACAUCAACAUCGAUGUCAUCCACCGUGUUGGCCCCCACAGACGAACGACGCCAUUUGAGAGCGAAACGUUUGUCGAAGAAGCCCUCGCCAAGUGGUCCGAACUGAACUGCACCGAAGACUAUGAUAAACUAAGGAAUGACAUUGGUUCGGAGAUUCACACCUUGCCCCAAAUUGUGCUUCGCAAGGAUGCACUGUUGGAGAUUAUCAAAACGCAGUUGGGAAACCGCGAGAACAAGGCCCUGGAUGCAGUUCAUGACAUCACAGUUGCUUUGGCCAGAGACCUCCAGUACGACUUCUACCCGAGCUUUCCGGAAGUGUUCCGGCUUGUCUGUGCUCACCUCGACACCCGUGACCCUGAAAUGUUGGAACGAAUCUUCGUCUGCCUCUCGUACCUGUUCAAGUUCCUCUGGCGGUACAUGGUCAGGGACAUAGACCUUAUUUUCAAGUUGUAUGUUCCACUUCUCGGGUCACAACAAAAAAAGUAUGUUCGAGACUUUGCCGCCGAGAGCUUUGCAUUCCUGAUCCGCAAGGUCUCUGAUAAAGAGAAACUUGUUGACAUGAUGCUGGCCUACCUCGAAGCUAACCCACAGAGCACCGACGGUAUUGGUCGCCUGCUGUUUGAAGCUGUCAAGGGCGUCAGAGGGCAAACGCACAGUUGCAUGACCAUGGUGUUGCCCUUGGCACUGAAGCGUCUGGAUGGUUCGGUGUGCAGUGUGGAGGUUGCAUGUCAAGCUCUCCGGCAGACGUUUGUUGCCCUGGCUGAACACCUCGCGAGUCAUGCAGAAAACUCGUCGGCUGUCUGGAACUGUCUCAAGGAGGUUGUAGCGGGUGCAGUUGAAAAGUACGAAUCCAACAAGGAGUCCGUUCUGCCACUUCUGGAAAACCUGGCCACGAUGGUGAAAAUUUGGGUGCUGUUCAAGAGGGGAUUGCUAUCACGGAAGAACGAUGCAGUCUACGAGAUCCUGGAUCUGCUCCUUGACCUUGGCGAGGCAUCGCAGGCACUGACAGCGACGCUUCUGGAAUGCUUGGCUUCGCUGGUAACGAAUGGCGGCACCCCCGUGAGCCCAUCCUCUGGACCUCUCAACAAGCUCGUUGAAAAGAUCUACUCCGGAUCAUUCUUAGCUGGAACCGUGUUCGACUUUACGGGUCAAGUGGUGGAAUGCUCGGCUUUUGAAAAGGAUGUGCUGUGUCACGUGGUUCGGCACUGCGCGAGUUUUGAAGACCGGACUCACGGGCUUUCCCUUAUGGCAGAGGUGGCCCUUCGGAGAAGGCCCAUGCCUGACACGGCUGACGAGCUGAUGCGAUCCUGGAGGCCACUACCUCUCUGCGCCUCGGAUGGCACAAGGGAAGAUGUUGCCUCACUUGCAGAGACUCUUCUCGAAGCCUUGGCCAAAGACGUGGCUGACCCUCUGCUUUGGGCUGGUCUGGUUUGUUUGCCUCAUCUCAGCGCUUGGGGUAAUGCGACGGAGAUGCAAAGAGCUCUGGAUAGAACUCUCCAAGAACUCGGAGAUCGUCUGCAGCUGGAAACACUGCCUGCGUCUUCUGCUGCACGCCUGUCAUUCGUUUUCCUUCAAGCUGUUGCCACUGCUGCCUUGUGCAAGUUCGAAGGUGCCCUGGCCAACAUCACUUGCGACGUCUUAGUAAAAAUUCUCAGGCAAUCACCAGAGAAUGUUUGCUUGCUGAAAGCAGCGGACAUCUUCUUGGUCCAUGCAGCCAAGCAAGUGACGCCUACGGUGCAACAGCCGAAGGAAGACCUGCUGAGGUCGUUCUACGGCAUCCUUGAACAGAACCUGGCCUCACCGCAUGGUGUUGUGAGACUCCUGACCUUACGGGUGUUGUCUUCGUUUAGGCCCGAGGCCGUUCCCCAAGCUCACGAAACGGACGAAAAGCUGGGGGAGUUUGCCUCUGCUUGCCACGUCUUCAACAUCUGCCUCUCGGCGGAGGCUGUGCCUCUGACGGUGCAGGACUACCGCCAGAGGGUCAAGCUGCUGCAGGCACUGAGUUCCGAGCAGCUUGCGGCAGCCGGUGUUUCGCUGAGUGCUUAUUCAAUGGCUCCUGUGCACUACCUGCUGGGCACCCUCCUCGUCAACUUCCAGCUGCUCUGGAAACCGUGCCAGGAAAUCCUUGCCAGUCACGCCAGCGCCAACGGCCCCUUCUGGAGCACGCUGGUGCAGCACUUGACUAUUGUGUAUGACAAGAUAGAAACUUCUGUCCCUGCGGCAUCCGAAGACCAAAGUGGUGUUGACAGUUUGGCCAAUGAGGGACUUGCCGGCGUCUUUGAUGAAGCGCAGGAGGCGGCCACCAAAUUGGCCGACAAACCGGACUACGUCAACCACCGCCACUUGCUGUGGAAUGCGGCCGAACAGUUCGCCGGAGUCGCGGAGAGACGCAGCAGGGAUGUCGUGGCCUUCUUUUAUCAAUUUCUAGAGAAGGAGUUCUGGCCAAACAUGCAGAUCGCACCGCAUCACGACAUACGGAAACCAGAAGAUGCUCCUGCUUUACCUGCUGACGGUGCGGAGAACAAACCAGAGAAGCCUGAGGAGGCCAGUGUCAUCAUCGUAGGCGUAGAUGAGCCGCAGGAUGAUGCAGAAGAUGACGAAAAUGCAGAUGACGAAAAUGCAGACGACAGGGAGGACAUGCCGAUCGAGGAGACCCAGCACAUACCCUCGCGAGCGAGGCUGAAACUUGUCAGGAGCCUAUGUGACCACCUCAGGCUUUUGUCCAAGUUCUCCAACCCACGAGCAGUUUCGAAGCAUGAGCUCCUUUACGAGACGUACCUUGAUCUGCUGACGUUUAGAGAUCCAGAAGUCCAGAAACUUGCAUUUGCCUGUAUUGCCAGCUAUGGCCAAAAGUUUCUGACCCCCUACAGGGAGAACUUUGAAAGGCUUCUGGAUGAGGCCAGCUUUCGUUCAGAAGUUGUUCUCUUCAAUGUUGAUGACGGUGGAGAAGGAGCAGUACGGGCGGAGCACCGAACAGAUGUCAUUCCAAUCCUGAUGAGGGUGCUCUACGGCAAGAUGCACAUGCGCUCUGGUUCGGCGACCGGAGGCAAGAGCAGCUUCAGCAAUCGCCAGGGUACCGUGCUGCGGUUCCUGGCGAGUUGCCAAGAGUCUGAACUCAGUGCAUUCAUGGACCUCGAGCUGGCAACCUUGAAGCAGUACCUGUCAGAUGGUAUUAUGGACACUGUGAACAGCAUACGGGACAACCUGGAUCUUUCCAAAGUGGUGCCCAUUCGUCGCCUUCAUGGCACGUUAGGCACAGUGGAGAACAUGCUGCGGCACCUGGGGGCUCUGACACCUGGCCUGCUGCCCACACUGCUCAAGCUACUGGUCGCCGUGGCCACCUAUGCUGGCGCUAUCCUCUCGCAGAAGGACCGGGUGGUGCGUGCCGUCAUCGGCAACACGCGAGUCCUGCGGUCGCGGGCCAUCGGCCUCGUUUCUCAGUUCUUUGAACGGUUUGACACGUUCGAAUUCACGUCAUCUGAGAUAGACGCCAUUUUCGAGUCGGCUGUGUGGCCUCAGUUGCCUCAUUUGGCUGAGUUGGCCGGGAAGCAGAAGCCCAACCCUCUGCUCAAGUUCUUCCUCACACUGAGCCGGAAUCCCAGGUAUUUUGUGCUGUUUGCCAAAUACAAGGCUGAUGACCCGAGCACGUCUCCGCUACCGUGUCUCGUCUCACUCAUGGGCAACUCGGACAUUUCACCGUCCAUCCUCAAGGUGCUCCUCACGAUCAUCGACAACAUUUUGACACUCAGGGAAAGUGAUGAUGAUGAUAUGGAAGAUCGCAAGCGUGCGCCACCACUGGUGGUGUCGCACUGCUUUGACGUUGAGGCACGGCGCUCUACUGCUGGUUUGCCCGAAAAAUCGGAUGACGAGGUCAACUAUGGGGCACUGUUGAUGUUGCCAUACGUUCCCCACAUACUGCACAAGCUGAAAUCCAUUGUGGAAAGUGCCGUGCGUACCCAGAAGCCGCUGUCACCUGUCGAGCUGAACAUCUUGUUAAGGCAAAACGGUUGUGAGCACAAGUUAUCAACUUGUGUCAUCACAUGUCAUCAACUUGUGCUGAUCAAGGAGUGUUAUUGCUUUUAUUUUUUCAGGAUAAGUGGGCUGCUGACAAACUCUCAACAGUGUGCCGAGUUGGCAAAGCUUUUCGUCGUUGGAUUUAAGAAGCUUCGAAGCCAAGCUCAGGAUUCCGACCAGCAAAAGCUGGCAACUGUCCUCAACUUGGCUAAGGUUGCAGACAAUCCAGACCAACUGUUGGGGUACACCGCCACCCUCUUCUCGAGUCUUGCCAGUCACCAGUCGAGGCGUCUCUUGUGCGACAUCUACGGCGUCGUGGCCGAACGGGUCCCGCGUUUUGCUGAACUGGCAUCGUUUAUCGCCAAGGUGAACUCCUGGAAUCCAAGGUUUGCAGAAGAACCAAAUUACCAGACGAGGCUUGAGGGAUUCAAGAUGGCGGCACCCUUGGUGCUGGGACAGAAAGAAGAACCAGAUGUCCGCAUCGUGCUGGCCGUCAUCUACAACUGCACAUACACCAUUCGAGCUGUGGAUGACCUUGCUCUCAGGGACGCUGCGUCCCAUGCCCUGGCUCAGAUGGGCCCAGUGUUCCAGACCUGGCUGACAGAGGACAGGGCAGCCUAUGAGAAGUGCGUCACCGAGGCUCUGAUGGGUGAAAUUCGUCAGGGGCUGCGUGGCAAGUCAGAGCCCAGCCGCGUGGAAUUUGUGCGCGUGCUGUCGCAACUGUUGCAACAGUGUAGCGAGCACCCAUCCCUGACCGGACUGAGCCAGCUGUGCUGCAGGCAGGACGUGGAGCUUGACUUCUGGGAGAACCUCUGUCACAUACAGCUUCACCGACGCGCGCGUGCCCUGAACCGGCUCGCAGUUUCCUUGAGGGCGGGAGAACUGACCGCACUGACGCCACCAGCCAUCAGCAGCGUGCUGCUUCCGCUGAGCUCGUGCUACCUGUUCAACAGCACGUACACCAAGCAGACGGCCCUGGUGGACGCAGCCAUCGAGGCGGUGAGCGCGCUCUGCUCGCGGCUGCCGUGGCGGCACUACGAGGCGAACCUGUCGCGCUACAUCCAACAGCUGCAGCGGGACACGGAGCACCACAAGAUGGCCAUAAGGUUAGUGGUGGCCAUCCUAGACGCAUUCCACUUUGACCUGAGCAAGUCCAAGGGAAUCCGACAGAAGCCAGGAGCAGCCAAGCCAGCUCAGGAUGCAAUGCAAGCUGAAGGUGCAACUGCUCAAGGAGAAGCUGACGGUGCAACUGCUCAAGGAGAGGUUGAAGAGAUGGAGGCGGAGGCUGAACAGACUGAAAAUGUUGAUGAAAAUGAAAUCCCCCAGGUGAAUGGGGAAGUGGAAGAGACGUCGGUCGACAACAAGGACAAGGCCCUCAGCGAAGAUGCGGCCACGGCCAUUCACACGGCCAUAGCCACUCGUCUCUUGCCAAGACUUCACAAAGUCCUGAACCAAAAGGCCCGCGCGGACGAUGAGCACAAGGCAGUCAAGAUCCACCUCCCCGAGGAACACGAGAUUCUGCGAAUCCCCAUAGCUCUGGCCAUGGUCAAGCUUCUCCAAGCACUGCCUGAUGGCAUGCUGCAAAGGCAUUUGCCGGGCAUCUUCCUCAGGAUCUGCGACUUCCUGAAGUCGCGUUCUCGGGAUGUUCGGGAAGCGGCGCGGGGCACGCUGGUGAAAAUAAUGUCAUCGCUAGGCGCCCCUUACCUCAAGUACCUGUUUUCACAAAUGCGUGGGGUCCUGAAGAGAGGGUACCAGAUUCACGUGCUGACGUACACGGUGCAUGCCGUGCUCUCCUCCAUGUCAUCUGGACUUGUCAGUGGAGACUUGGAUGCCUGCUUCGAAGACAUCAUUGAGGUAUGCCAGGCCGAGUUGUUUUCAGACAUUGCCGAGGAGAAGGAAGUGGCCCAGAUCGGCAGCAAGGUCAGGGAAGCCAAGGCCACCAAGAGCUUUGCCAUCUACAACAUCCUCGCAUCUGUGGCGUCCAGAGACAGCCUGUGCCAGCUGACUCCUGCGCUCUUCGAGGUGCUGCUGUCCACAGCGAGCCACAAGACUGUAAAGAAGUGUGACGAUUGCCUGCACAACAUUGUCAUGGGUCUCUCUGCAAACAAAGGUGUACCGAUGGAAGACCUGCUCAUUUACACGUAUCAGACCAUCAGCCAGCAUGCUCCCAGCCUCGUAGAAAAGUGUCUCGCAGCUGCUGCGUCGCGGUCGCUUUGCGCGAUCUCCACAGAUGUCGCGACGAUUGGCUGUCGUCGAAAUCUUGACUCGAAACAUGAACGCCGCGCGCGUCCAUGCCGCCGCUUCUGGUUAAUUAACCUGGGCUCACUCUUACUUUUUUUUUUUUUUUUCAUUUUUGUAGUGCAGUGUAUGUUACUCUGUUGGCUGCGCGCGCGUGUUCGACGUUGGCCGCUCGACGCUUGGGUGAUUUGCAGAAAGAAGCCCCGGGAGCCCGUGCCGGAGACGCGGUUGCUCGAGGAGAAGUCGGACGUGUACCUGGUACCGCAGGAACCGGCUCGCGGCGGUAUGCCCGUGCGUACCAGCAGGACCGCCAACGGCCACGUAAUGGUCGAAUUCGGCCUCAAGAUCUUGCAUGCUCUUUUGAAGAAGGAGCAGUCAGGAGUGACUGACCGGAAACAGCUGGAAAUGCUGGACCCAUAUGUUAGCUUGAUAUCCAGUUUCUUGGACUCGAGCUAUGUGAAGGUGGUGACAAUAUCGCUGCGAUGCUUUGGACCCCUCCUGAGGAUGCCCCUGCCCAGCCUGCGGCAGCACAUGCGCAAGCUGAGCCAGUCACUGUUCGUGCUGCUGCACAAGUACUCGGGGGCCGGCAUGAAGCAGGGACCGAACUUCGAGCUCCUCGUCCUCGCCUUCAAGGUGAUGACGACGCUGGUGCGGGACCCCUCUCUCUGCCGGCUAAGCAAACAGCAGCUCCUGGUGUUGCUUACGUAUGUCGAACGCGACGUGUACGACCACUCCAGGCAGAGCGUGGCCUUCGCCCUGCUCAAGGCCAUCCUCCACCGAAGAGUGGAUACCGACGAGCUGCACGACUUGAUGGACAAGGUGGCGACCAUGAGCAUCGAAGACGAACAGGCUCACAUUCGGGGCCAGUGCCGUGAGGCCUAUCUACAGUACGUUCUCGACUACCCGAUGAAGCGGCGCAUGAAAAAGGCGGUGGGCUUCUUCACGGCGCAGCUGGAGUACAGCACUGAGGCAGGCCGUCUCUCGGCUCUCGAGAUGCUUGAUGCCUACUCGAGCAAGUUUCCACAGCACACGCUGUCUCACUACGCGCCCACCCUGUUCGUGCCCAUGGCGGCGCGCCUCGUCAAUGACCAGUCGCCAAACGUGCAGCGGGUCGCUGCAGCCGGCAUCCGGAGCCUCCUCGGCAAGCUGGAUGAGGCAUCCAGGAACCCUUUGCUCUCUGUGGUUCUGGCAUGGUGCAAGGAAAAAAUGUUUGCCACCAGGCGUUUGGGAGCACAGACGCUGGGCCUGUUCGCUGAGGUGGAGAAGGAGCGUUUUGAGCGUCACCUGGCUGACGUGAUGCCUGUCCUAGUCGAGGAGAUGCAUCCUGACAAGUUCCAAGAGCUUACGGUGGAAGACAUUGAGCGUGCCAAGGACCACAUCGCCUUCAUGUACCUGGUCUCGCUGACCAAGAUAGUCGACGCCUGCAACGUGGCCCGGGCUCCUGCCACGCAGGAAAGCUUUGGGAUGCUGUGUGGUUAUGCAGAGACGUACCUGCUGUAUCCCCACGACUGGGUGAGGUUGGCGGCAUCUCAGUUUUAUGGCCGGGUGUUCGCGGCGUACACGCCGGACGAAGUUGCUGCAGCGUGCGACCCUGACGCUGAAGCGCCUUCUUCCCAGGACUAUUUGUUGGUCGACACGCCGUCGAAGGUUCGAAGCCUUACGGAGAAGUCCUGCUCUCAGUUCCAGCCGGAUAAUGUCCUGGAAAAGAUAGCUGAGCAGGUCAUUCGAAACCUGAUAUUCCUGACUAGGGUGUCGGUGCGUGCCACGCGUCUAGGCAUCGACACCUUGCACCCCGUAGACUGGAUCGUGAAGAAGGUGUCACACCAGGCCCAUGCAGAGGUGGUGUCAAACCCACGGUCCAUCGUGAAGCGCUCCCAUGUGUUCAAGUUCCUGGCUGCCAUCAGCCUGGACCUGACUCGGCCGGAGCUGCGCUCGCAGCUGCAGCUCAUUCUGAUGCCCAUCUGCCGAGAGCUCGAGGACCAGUCGCCAAGCCAGAAUGAGGAGAUGAAACAGAUGGCAAACGAAGCAACGACCGUCAUAAAGAAGGCAGCGGGCGUGGAUGCAUUCGGCGCUGCCCUGGUGGCACUGCAGGGAAAGCUGGCCGGCAAGAAGUUGAACAGAAAACGGGAGAAAGCCCUGGAGAUGGUCAGGAACCCCGAGGCAGGAGCCCGCAAGAAGAUCAAGCUGCAGUUGAGGAAGAAGGAAGCCCUGAAGCGCAAGAAAUCUGUCCAGUUUGGCAAGGUUAAGAGGCGAAAGGCAUCAUGAGCUUGUAAAGUACCUUGUAAUAUAUUCCUUUUGUGGCAAAUAAUGCCAUGUAAUUGUCUUCUGUAAUUAAAGAAAAAUAACUUCAAUA